AUGGAUAUUAAGUUUUUACCUUUGAUUUAUGUGGAGAAGUUGGCAGUACUUCCCAGAUUUAAUUUAUUUUGCUUUCUCUCGUUUCAGAUUGCCAGAGCCGCUGUUGUGUUCAAUGUUGAUGAAAUCAUUGUAUUUGACGAGACGGGAUCCACAGAAAAAACAACUGAAGGGGAAUUUUCUGGUGUAGGCAAGCAUGGACAUGGAAACGUUCAGCUUGCACGGAUCUUACAAUACUUAGAAUGUCCACAAUACCUUAGAAAAUGCUUCUUCCCACAGCACAAAGAUCUACAGUAUGCAGGUGUAUUAAAUCCCCUCGAUUCCCCUCACCACAUGAGAGCUAAUGAUGAGGCCCUGUAUAGGGAAGGUGUUAUUGUAAAGAAACAUUCUAAAGAAGGGAAAGGCUCGUAUGUUAACGUUGGUCUAACCAAGGUACAGAAGUCAUUAAGAGACAUACAGGUGGACAAACAGUUGGUUCCUGGUAUCAGAGUCACUGUAAAGAUGGACUUCACAUCUCUAGACAGAAAGAAACCAAAGGGAACAGCUGUGUCCCCUUCGGAGCCUCGAACACACGCAGGCCUCUACUGGGGUUACAGCGUCAGACUGGCUAGCAGUAUAGGAGCUGUGUUUACAGAAUGCCCAUAUAAGGAAAUGUAUGAUUUAACUAUAGGAACGUCUGAACGAGGAUCUGAUAUUGAUGAAUUUGAACUCGAUAAAAAGGAUUUUAAACAUGCUUUAGUUGUAUUUGGUGGUGUUCAGGGACUGGAGACGAGUUUAGAAGCGGAUGAAAAUUUAGCAGUAGAUGAUCCAAGUCUGUUGUUUCAACAUUACCUCAACACAUGUCCUCAUCAGGGUAGCAGGACUAUCAGAACAGAGGAGGCCAUUUUAAUCACAAUGUCUGCACUGAGACCCAAGUUGUUCAUCAAACAAACACACAGCAACACAGAGUCCUGACAUUAGCUUUUAAUGUCCAUUUUACGCAACAAAAUUAUUUUGAAAUACC